UCGUCAUGAAUUACAAUGAUUAACCUAAUUAAGAGUCUCUCAAUUCCAACUUUCUCUCUCUAAUCAUCCUUGGAAUUCCCUUUGUCUACCUCUCUCACUCAUCAAACCUUCUCAAUCCCCCCGCCCAACCAUCAUAUGUAUUUAUACAUACACCCAAAGCGAUCACACAUCAUCAAGAAUUAUACAUGCUGUUUAGAUUUUCCUUCGAAUGAAUGAAGAGGAAAUCAUUAUACCAAAUUCCAACCCACAAAUAUUGAUUUUGUAGCAGUUGAAGAAAAUUAGAAAAUGAUGGAGCUUUGCGAAUUAAGCAACUUUGUGAAAUCCGCCAAACAACUCAUCUAUGAGUCCCUUUCUUUCUCUUAAUUUCGAUCCUUAAUCUUUUGUGAAAUUAUUAGAAUUCUCUCUCCUGCAUAAUCUGGUGAGAAAUGACUGAAAAUCCAAAGUUGGAAACAAUGGACUCUCAUAAUCUAAUAGCAAAUUGUGAAGCUGGUGAGCUUUCUGAUCAUGUAAAUGGAUUGCAAUACACAACCAUUAAAUCUGAUUCUUUUGUGUUAGAUAUUGAACGCUUAGAGAAGGAUCUUAAUGCAAAUUCAAGAAUUAAAUUGCAGAGAAGCAUUUCAAGAAAAGGAACAUUCAGAGGAGUCGAGAAGAAAAAUACAGCCAACGAGAAAGACAUUAGUGUCAUUGCAACUUCAACGAGAGCUGCUUUACUUGGUGGUGGCACGCCGGAAAAGCCCCUAAUUGUGGCUAUGGGCGGAUGCGAUAAUUUCACCAGCCCGCCAGUUCACAAUCAGAUCACUAUCAUGGGAAACCCUGCUGUCGAAAGCAAAUUUGGUGGCAAAAUUUUCAGUUUCAGAAGGUCUUCUCCUUCAUGGACAAUUGACCCCAGAAGGAUACUUCUCUUCUUUGCAACUCUAGGUUCUCAUUUUCUACAGGUCAAGCAUGGGGACCAUAUUGCUGAUCUAUUGCACCUUACACAUGAGCAAACACAACGGGGAUUACAAUGCCCUCAAUUGAUAAUUAUUAGCCUCCCAGUUAGAGGUGGGCAAAACUCGACCGAACCCGCUUAAAUUGCCCAAACCGACCCAACCCGGUUGAGGGGGCAAAACCCGACCGAACCUGCUCAAACCGCCCAACCCGACUGGGUUGGGUCGGUUUUUUUUUUUUGUUUUUAAGUGGGUUUCGGUUUUUUGAUUGUGUAGGUGGGUUGGGUUGGGUUGGGUUGUGGGUUAACUCAUAAAAACCGACCCAACCCGCCUAUUUUAAAAGAAAAAAAGAAAAGAAAGGAAAAGAGAAAUAAAUUGCCUAAACGUAAAAUCGCUAUUUUCAAGAUUUAAAGUUUCAUAAAAUUAUAACAAGAAUCCCAUUAUAAUUUCUAAUAGACAAAUUUUUAUAUUGAAUUUCUGAAAUCACAAUAUAUAACUCAAUAUUUCAAUUAGGUCUUCCCGUAAUCUCUAUCUCUUAGGAUAAUUAAGUUUUGUACUAAUUUACAAAAGUAUCUUGUAGAAUGAUUAUAUGAAUUAUGGACAUAAAUGUUGAAGAAAAAAUAAAUGUUAAGAUUCUAUAUAGAGUCUUAAUCUAACUUCUGAAUAAAUCGAUUUCUCACAUUUCAAAUAAGCUUGUGAAGCAUAAUUUGCUUGUUAUUGCCAAAAACUAUUAAAGAUUUGAGAUAAAUAAUAAUUAAGAAGUUAAAUUCGAAAAAAAAUAAAAUUUUGGCUACCAGCAAAACCAUCUAUCUUACUUUUUGGUUUGGCAUCAAUUUAAUAAGUAUUGUUGUGUGUUGUGCAAACUUGUUUUGUUAAUCUAGGUCUGUCGAUGAGCCUGUAGAUCCGAAACAGGAACUUUUGAAGAGCAAUGCAAGGCACCAUGCACUCGACCACUCAAAGAAUAUCAAGUUAAUAAACCUUCCUUUUUUGUUUUUUUCUAAUUUAAUGUCUACUUCUCCAUUUUUCAAUUUUCCUGCCUUUUGUGUUUCUUUUCAACUAAUACUUAAUAUUGCUAAAUCCUAAAAGAAAUGUUUUAUACA